AGAGCGAAGACUCUCUUGUAACGGAGUCGAGUCAGUCCACGUGCGAAAGGCGGUUUGUCGCAGGCGUCGACGAUUUCCGCUCGGCGUUACGAUAAUCGGUGGAUUCGAAAAUUCGACGACAAGAAGAGGAAAAAUAAAAACGGGGAAACGACGACAAAAAAAGGACGCAGCGCCGCAUGGUCCCGCUAAUCGAAAACGGCGGUGCUCCCGUGAACGGUAGAAAAAAAAGAAAAGGAAGAAAAUCGUCGAUACCGAUUGCGAUUGGGAGGCACGCGAUCGCUGAAGCCCACCGAAUAAUUGUCAUUUUUUUUUUUUUUUUCUUCGCUUCGUUUCAUUAAUUGUGCAUCAAUUCCACUUUUUCUCGUCAUCAUGAAAUCGCACGGUGAUCGGACAAUAAGAUUCGCCGUGAUCCGCGAACGGGACUACGAGUUAUCGAUGUAAAAAUAGGUUUUGGAAAAUAAUUGAAAGAAAUUCUUGAACUGUGGUAUUCGGUAGGAAAUUGUGGAAGAAAAAUGACCGACGGAAAACGCCUGAGAAACUGCUGAGAGAUAAAUAAAGAAGAAAUUUAUAAACAAAUAAAGGAAAAUACAUUGCGGAAGAAUAUUAAUUGUCGAGGUAUACGCUUAGAAAAACUGGGUGAAAAAUAUUCCGUAUACAAGGAGAUAUGAAAUACGAGAUGUGGGUUAAAAUUGGCUUGUGCUUCACGGUGUUGCUCGCGUUCGUCGCGGCGGUGAUUUGCAACCAACGGGAUUUUCACGACAUGGAAACAUACAGGGCGAUGAACACGCGUCUCUCGGCCUACUCUCCCUGGAUUACGGGAAACAAUAAGAAUCCCGCGAAUAUUCCCGAACGUCGCAGAGACGGAGCUCCCGCUUCCGGAAUAACCGAAGUCACCUUUCCGCAAGGUCAAUCGCCCGGAGUUAUUCUGAAUCGUUUCAGAAACGCGGCAGCUGUUCAGUUCGUCAGGGAAAACAGAGCGAUCGAAACGACCUUGAAGAAUGUCGUCGACAGGGGAGAACCGAUCGGUAGCAAGCCUCAUCGACCGUCAUGGGGGAUCGUGAACGGCGACGCUUUUCGCCCCGAGAACGAAGGUCAGUCGGAACAUCUACUCCCUGACUCCGGAAACCGCGGGGAGAUCGAAGGGCCGGGCGCGGGAGCGGAAUAUUUUCAAGAAUUUUCCGAGGACGACGACAAACCGGAAGUGGACCCCGCCGAGCUGCUCGAGGAACUGGAAAACGGCGCGAAGAAUCAAGGACUCUACGGAACCAACAAUUCCGAAAGACAGGGGAGACGGAGGAAAUUGAGCAGCCAGGAACAGGGAGCGUUGCUCGUCGAAGCUCUGAGAAAAAGACGGAACUAUACGAGCGUCGACGAUCCCAGGGGAACCGGAAACAGCGUCCAGAGCAGCAUAAUGGACAUGCUGGGGCGAAUGAUCCCUCAAACCUGCAAGUACAAAGGAGCAAAAUUCGACUGCGGUUUGAGCAUAAGCUGCGUCCUCGGGGGCGGAAGACCCGUGGACUUGUGCUCGGGAGGAUUGAUCUGGAGUUGCUGCGUAGACGACGACGACAUACCGGAAAAAGAUCCGGAACCCUCCGUAGGUCUUCUACAAAACGCAAGUUGCGGAGAACUUUACACAAGGAGUAACCGUAUAGUAGGUGGUCAUAGUUCCAGUUUUGGCAGCCAUCCGUGGCAGGCGGCCAUAAUAAAAUCAGGAUUUUUGUCAAAAAAAUUAUCCUGCGGUGGUGCGCUUCUAAAUAAUAAAUGGGUCGUGACAGCAGCUCACUGCGUGGCAACGUCUCCGAACAAUAACUUGAAAGUUCGACUCGGAGAAUGGGACGUACGAGAUACCGGCGAACGUCUACUUCACGAAGAGUACAAUAUCGAGAGAAAGGAGGUUCACCCCCAGUAUUCUCCGACGGAUUUCCGGAACGACGUUGCCCUGGUGAAGUUGUCGAGGGCGGUGACCUUCAAACAGCACAUCGUACCCGUCUGUCUUCCGGCGAGGAAUUUAAAAUUGACCGGUAAAACCGCGACGGUCGCCGGAUGGGGUAGGACGAGACACGGUCAAAGUUCGGCCCCCACGGUCUUACAAGAAGUCGACGUCGAGGUUAUUCCGAACGAAAGAUGCCAAAGAUGGUUCCGAGCCGCAGGGAGACGGGAGACGAUACACGACGUAUUUCUUUGUGCAGGUUACAAAGAAGGAGGCAGAGACUCCUGCCAGGGUGACUCGGGAGGUCCUUUGACGAUGUCUGUGGAAGGAAGACACGUCCUAAUCGGUCUGGUUUCGUGGGGAAUCGGUUGUGGCCGCGAGCAUUUGCCCGGCGUUUAUACAAAUAUUCAAAAAUUCGUACCUUGGAUAGACAAAGUGAUGAUAUCGAAAAUGGAGGCGAGAAUUUUUUACUUAUUCGCCGCGCUAGUCUCCUCGUCUCUGAUGACGGGGAAUUGUAUCGAUCAAAUUUGUAAUUAUAGGGGAAACAAUUUCGCGUGUGAAAAAAUGUACAAUUGUUUGUUGGACGGUGGACAUCCGCGGGGUUUCUGUUCGAACGGUUUGUCCUGCUGCGUUCGCGAUUUCACGAACGAUCUAACGAAUUUUGGAUUUGGCCUGCUCUUCAGAACUUUGCAACGGCCGUACAUGGGCAACGAUUAUUCGAUGUACAAUCAGCUGCCCUGGUUCAAUUACGCUUCCUAUCGAGGGCCUCAGAUUCCACCUGGAGGAAAAGACUACGGUGAUAAAAUAAAUAUCAACGAGAACGACAAGUUUGUCGAAAACCCCGUCGGAUCAACGGCACCCACCGCUGCACCUUUCGAACUUCCGGAAGUAACGCAGACCGAUGAUAAAUCUCAAGAAAUAACUCCAUCUGCAACGGAUUCGUCGCCAACAAAAGAAGACGAGGAAGACAGACAGCUCUUUAGCGAUAAUUAUGAAAGGGGAGAAUACAAAGACUCUACUAAUUAUCGCGACUGCGGACAGUUGCGAACAAGGAUCAAGAGGAUCAUAGGAGGUAGAAAUUCGAGUUUCGGAAGCCACCCUUGGCAGGUGGCGAUGUACAAACCAACCCUCAAGGGCAAGCCUUAUUGCGGAGGAGCACUUUUGAACGACCGAUGGAUCGUGACGGCGGCGCACUGCGUGGACGAUAAAAAAAUAACGGAUCUCAAGAUUCGUCUGGGUGAAUUCGACGUGAAAAGAGACGAGGAAGAGUUGCUUCACGAGGAGUACAAGGCGCUACGAGUGGUGAUCCAUCCCCAGUUUUCCGACAAACGUCACCGCAACGAUGUCGCCCUCAUCAAAUUGGACAGAAAAGUGAAAUUCGACCAACAUAUCAUUCCGGUUUGUCUACCCCCACCGGAUCUAAUCGUAAUCGGCCGAAGAGCAACGGUCACCGGAUGGGGACGUACGAGGCACAGCGAAAAAAAAUCCGGUCCAGCCAUUUUGAACGAGGUCGAAAUCGAGGUAUUUCCGAACUUCGUGUGUCAGAAAUGGUUCGCUGACGCUGGACACGAGAGAAAUAUCGACGACAUUUACCUGUGCGCUGGUCAGAGCAAAGGUGGUCGGGAUUCUUGCAAGGGUGAUUCCGGUGGUCCGUUGACGACGACUGUGGACGGAAGACAAGUUCUCAUCGGUGUUGUUUCGUGGGGAUUUGGUUGCGGCCGAGAACAUUCGCCUGGAGUUUAUGCGAACAUAAGAAAAUUCGUACCCUGGAUAGAAUCCGUGAUCAAUUGACAUUCUUCGUUAUCGUUACCUGUAUCUCAUAUCCAUUUCAAAAUAAAUGUAUCCGAACUGACAAUAAAUACGAUCUCAAAAA